AUGGUGGGCUCAGGAACAACAACAGAUAGGAGCAAAGAAGCUGUUGGGAUGAUGGCCCUUCACGAGGCCCUCAGAAGUGUGUGUCUCAACUCGGAUUGGACUUACUCUGUCUUCUGGACCAUUCGUCCUCGACCAAGAGUGAGAGGUGGCAAUGGGUGCAAGGUUGGGGAUGACAACGGCAGCUUGAUGUUGAUGUGGGAAGAUGGAUUUUGCCGGGGAAGGGUUUCGGAUUGUUUGGAAGAGAUUGAAGGAGAGGAUCCUAUCAGAAAAUCUUUCAGCAAAAUGUCCAUUCAGUUAUAUAAUUAUGGAGAAGGGUUGAUGGGAAAGGUUACAUCUGAUAAGUGCCACAAAUGGGUCUUCAAAGAGCCUACGGAAUGUGAGCCUAAUAUAUCCAACUACUGGCAGAGCUCCUUUGAUGCUCUUCCCCCUGAAUGGAUAGAGCAGUUUGAGUCAGGUAUUCAGACAAUAGCUGUGAUUCAAGCUGGGCAUGGCCUUCUGCAACUUGGUUCUUGCAAGAUUAUUCCUGAAGACCUCCAUUUUGUGCUAAGAAUGAGACACACUUUCGAAUCUCUAGGCUACCAAUCAGGGUUCUACCUCUCCCAACUCUUCUCUUCAACUAGGAGCACUUCCUCUUCUACUUCCCUUCCUUCAAAACCAUCCACCAUUCCAAUUAGGCCACCCCCUCCACUCCUCAACUGGGGUCAGAGACCAAUGGGGUCUGCUACUUCUUUGCUACCCUCUCCUACUUUUCAACAUGCAGCCAGAAUGGGGUUCCCACAGGCCAAAGAUGAGACGCAUAUGUUCCUCAUGCCCCAUGCAUCAUCAGAGCAUGCAAGAGUGGGAGACAUCAUGGGGGAGCAUGAGAAUGACAUAAAGUGGCCAAAUGGGUUAUCCAUCUUCAAUGCACUCACCGGAAGAUCUGAUGAUGCUAAACUCUUGUUCAAUCAAGAGAGCUUGGGGAGCAAACCAGGUGAUCACAAUCCCCACCACCACUCUCUCAACCCAAAUCCCACCUCAGCUUUGCAAAAUGCUAGUGUGGCAAACCCAAACGAGUUCUUGAGCUUGGAUGGCCACACUGAAGGGGCAAGGAAAGUGGACAAGUUCAAGAGGUGUUUCACUCUACCUGCCAGAGUGGUUUCAUCUUCAUCUUCUACUUCAAUGGAUCAUCACCAUCACCAGCAAGCAGGUGUGGAGUAUAGGAAUUCAGAAGGAGGUAUGUACCAGGAUGUCAUGGAGACCUUUUUGGAGUGA